AUGGAGCCCCGGCGGCCACCAGAGUACCACCUCGAGAUCGCCGCUGAUAGACAGAGCAUAAGAGAUGUCGUGAAAGGCAUCCUCCACACCAUCUUCUUCCAUCGCUACUUCACACCUCUCAUUCCCUCCACGCACGAGAUCCUCGACCAAACCCUCCCCUACGUCUCCUCCGAAGAGGUAGAGUCCCUGAUUCUCAAACAAACACAGCUCCUCCUCCGCCACCUUGACGCCGCAUCAAGCAGCAGUGGCGCUCAAACCUCCCCCACCUCCAGACCUAGAGGCCAGCUCGUAGUCCAAUUCCUCGAAAAGAAACGUCGCAAGGGAUGGUUCGUCGCCAAAGCAGAUGAGGAAACAGUCUGGGAGAACUGGGUGAUAGACGUGACCCUGACGACUGCGAGAAGUGAGCCCGAAGCGGUCAGGAAUCGGAGGUUGAUGGAGAGAGGGUUGGAGAAGGCGGCGAUGAAGAUUGUGGGAAUUGUGAAUAGGGAGAGGGGACACAUUCCGCCGAUUACGACGAAUGAGAGUAAUCCGUUCCCAUAUAAUAUACUGGUGAACCCGAAGGAGGGGGGGUGGGGAAAGGGCAUGGGCAUAUUCUGA